GGUUAACAUAGUAGCUUAGCUGAUGUAAAGGAGCUGGUUGUAGAAGGUUCUGUUCUAGGCCAUGAUGAAGGAGCUACAGACGUUAGGCUUUUGGAGGGCUGUCCUUGCAGAGCUCAUCGGCACGACCAUGUUUGUCUUUUGUGGCGUUUCUGCGGCAAUUGGGAACGGAAACAGCAGCUACCCAGACCAGGAAGUAAAAGUAGCAUUAGCAUUUGGGCUGGCCAUUGCUGUUUUGUGUCAGAGUUUUUGGCCUAUAAGUGGAGGCCAUCUGAAUCCAGCAGUCACUCUGGCUUUGCUGGUUAGCUGCCAGAUUAGCCUGUGUAGGGCAUUGUGGUACAUUGUAGCUCAGGUGACUGGGGCAGUGAUUGCUAGCGGUGUUGUGCUGGGAGUGAGACCUUCAGUGGUGGAUUCACUUGGGUUGAACAAACUGAAUGGUGUCAGCCCGGGACAAGGCUUUGGAAUUGAGUUUCUCCUCACACUCCAGAUGGUGCUGUGCUACCUAGCAACCAUGGAUAAAAGGCGGAACAUGGCAGGUUUGGCUCCAUUUGCAUUCGGGCUCUCCGUGGUUCUGGGCCACCUUGCUGGAAUUAGUUAUACUGGAUGUGGAAUCAAUCCUGCUCGAUCUUUUGGUCCCGCUCUGGUGUCUGUAGAGUUUGAACACCACUGGGUGUACUGGGCGGGACCAAUGUGUGGUGGCAUCGUAGCCGCCCUCCUCUACGACUUCAUCUUGUUUCCUAGAGGUGCGGAUGUCGUCGGCCGGCUCAAGGUCCUGUGCCAUGGUGCAGAGGCUUCAGCUGAGGAGACUGAACCCCUGCUUGAGGGUAACGCUCCUGUGGCUCAGUGGGAGAAACCGUAAAAAAAAAAAAUGGACUUGUGGUUCAGAAUGCUUUAGAAUAAACCUGUUAUUUUCCAAA